AUGCUCACAUUCAUUGUCAGUGCAUGCAGUAGCUAAGGCUUACACAACUCUUUAUUGUCUAUUAUUUCAUUAAGAAACUUGAGCAAUAGCCAAUAAUCUGUACGAUCGGAAGCUGCGACAGUCGUUGGCUAUCGGCUCCCAGCAAAAUUUUUUUUUUUUUUAAUCACGGUACUCUCGGAUUACAAUAUCCGCAGGCAAUCUUGGAAAUUUUCAAGUAGAAUAGUUAUUAUUGGUCACCAAACUAUAGAUUGAUCUUGCCGAGCUUUCUCUCUACUGUAAACGGAUGAAUCUAUGGUUUCAUGGAACUGUUUCCUUAUGCAAACCCUUAACUCGGUAUGAUUAGGGUAGCCCGCAUUUUUUGAUAGAUGUCCUUGAACGUUGUCUACUGGUUUAAGAAUUACUAUUUCCACUGUGAAGUUUUACAAUUUUUGUUAACGUUGAGGCCUUAUUUAAAGAUGAUUGGAUUUAGUAUUUUUGAAUCUUAAUUGUUGAAAAUAUGCGCAUUCAGUUUUCCUUAAGUUGGGUGAAGCAAAAGCGUUCUUUUUAGUUCCUUGUAUUGUUCUAUUUGCCCUCCAUGGAUCCCUUACAAGCCAUUGCUUCUGCUACACAAAUUGUGGCAAGCAUGGUGGGAGCUGUCAGUGCACUAGAAGAAGCCUAUCGAGACCUCAGAGAAGCUCCCAAAAGAAUCAGAAUUCUUGAAUUAUUUGUAUGUGAUCUUGAGAAUGUGUUUAAAAACAUCAAGCAAAAGCAUGCCCAUAAACUUCAUAACAGCCAACUCGAGCGCCAACAUCUUAGCUUGGGUGCACUUAUUGAAAGAUUGCAUGUCAAUUUGUCCAAGGCAAGAAAAGAACUUUCCAAAGGUAAAACAAAGAGCUUUGGUAAGGUGGUGUGGAUUUCCAUGGUGGGUAAUCCACUUUCCAAGGUGAUUCAAUCUAUUAGAGAUGAUUUGACUUGGUGGCUUGAGCUGAAGAAGAUCUCAGACGAUAUAGAGAAAGCUGUAGAAUCCAACGCAGAAUCUCUGCCUCCUCUUUUAAGGGUCACUGUUGAACAAGGUUAUCCCGUGUCUAAGAAGUGUCAUUAUGUAAGAAAGCUGCUGAAGGAGGACAAUUCAGCCAAGGUUAUUCUAAUUGUUGGCUUAUCUGGUAUUGGGAAAUCUUGCUUGGCUCGUCAAGUUGCAUCUAGUCCGCCCAUUAGGUUUGUUCAUGGUGCUGUUGAGCUUAGGUUUGGUCGAUGGUGUAGCCGGGCAGCAUGCAAUGGAAAUAGAAUCGAGUAUCACAAACGAUUGGCAAAGAGGAUAUCUUGGGCUCUAAUGCAGAUUGGUUUCAUAAAGAAUUCUCAGGAAGUGAUGAGUGCUGAUCUGGAGGAUAUGACUAGCUUGCUUCAGACAGCAUUGGUAGGCAAGAGCUUGUUAAUUUUGCUUGAUGACGUAUGGGAGCAAGAUAUAGUAGAGAGAUUUGCAAAGCUGUAUAACAAUGAUUGUAAAUAUUUGGUGACCACAAGGAACGAGGCAGUUUUUGAAAUUACAGAGGCUGAGAAGGUGGAAAUAUGCAAAGAUGACAUCAAAGAGAUUAGCAGGGAUAUUCUUCUUCACCAUUGUCUUCUCAGCCGUGAUGAGCUACCGUCUACUGCAGAAAGGUUGCUUGACCGUUGUGGCCACCAUCCUUUAACAGUUGCAGUCAUGGGCAAGGCUCUGAGAAAGGAGACGAGACUGGAUAAAUGGGAAAAGGCCAUAUUUAACCUCUCAACAUAUGCAACUUGGUCUGAAAGCCCAAUUUCAUAUACAAAUGAAAAGAAUUCAGAGAGCACUUUAACCAUCUUUGGCUCAUUUGAAUUUAGCUUGGAAGCCAUGCCUGAACAGUCUCGGACUUUCUUCCUUGCUCUUGCUGCAAUUUCGUGGACCGAACCAGUACCAGAGGCUUGCCUAGAGGCAUUAUGGACUGUUUUAGGACAAGUAACUCUCUUCCCCCUCAUAAUGUCAAAGCUAGUAGAAGGAUCCCUAGUAAUCAAGAUGGACACACAGUUAUCCUAUCAUGUUCAUGAUAUGGUUUCUCUCUACCUUGAAAAUAAAACAGAAGAUGCAAUCAGCCGAAUUCUUAUGAAAUCCUCUGCUGAUUCUGCUGCCUCAAUUGCUCCUUGGCUUUUCAUCUUUGGAAAAGAGACUGCUAAGUUUAUUUCCAAGGAGAAGAUGGAGUCCUUUCUUAAUGCACAGGAGAUGCAAGUCAUCAAUACUUUGGAAAACAUCAUUCAGUCACUCAUGGCAAGCAAAUCAAUCUCUGAACUUGAAGCUAGCAGAAAGAGUUUCAGUGUUAUACUUGGUCCUAGAGCUGCAGAGCUCAUCUCAACUAGUAAUGGCUCACAAGCACUAAUUGUCGCAGUUUCUAAGACUAUCACAACCAUUUUUACCAAAGAAGAUUAUUGUGACCAUGCCCUCUCCUUUGAAAGCACUGUUGCAAUUGAUAGACUACUGAGUCUUUUACAGGACUGCGAUAACUUGCAAAGUCUAGCAAUUGUUACAAACUGCGUGGCAAAGAUUGCGGAGUUUGGGAACACUUCAACUAUUGACAAGGUUCUAAUGAGCGUUCCAAUGAAUCAGCUAGCUGAGCUAUUUGCUCCAGAAAGUGAGGAAUGGUAUGAGAGCGCAUGCACAUCUCUAAUGUCGCUUACAAAGGCUGGCAAAUCUAAAGCAGUUGAAAUGAUGAUGGCUUCCGGAAUUGAUAAGAGGCUUCUUGUGCUCCUCAAGAACGGCUCUGAGGUUGCACAGCAUCAUGCUAUUGUUGCUCUCAAGACAUUUUAUGAGCUUGAUGGGGUGAAUGAACAAAGUCUUCUUCCUCCUGGGGCCUUGAACAAUUUGCCAUGGAAUGUUAGGCUUAGCUUUGAAACGUUCAAAAUUUCAGAUAGAACCAUUACGUGUUCUCCUAAGGCUAAACUAUUUGAAGAUCUGCUUGAUAGGACCCUUAGCAAGGAAAGAAAACAGGUUUCUGAGGCAUUGCAGGAGAUGAUACCUAUUGUUGAGAAAGCAAGUGACCCAAUGAUCUGCGAAAUGAUCUUAAAAAGCCACUUGGUUGAAAGAUUAGCUUCACUUCUGCAAAACCGAGAUGGGGAAUGGGAUCGUGCAAGGUCGGAGUCUGCUUUCAUUCUGAUGAAACUAACAUGCUCUGGAGGCGAACCCUUCAUCCGAAGGAUUUUAAAGUCUGAUAUUAUUCUGGAGUUAGUCAGGAUGAUGCAAUACUUCAAAGAGGAUUUACAGGACUCAGCAUAUAUGGCUCUACAUCAUAUUAUAUUUGGGAAGGGAAGUGGCCUGUUCUUUAACAGAUUACUACAGAUGGGAGUCAUAGAGAGAUUAAUACAAGGGCUAGAUAGCAAGUUAUUGAAGACAAAGGAGCUGAACAUGCUCUUUCUAGUUGAUCUAGUUGAGGCAGGAAGCAAGCCUUGUAUAGAAAGAAUGUUAUCAUUGGGAUUGAUUGAGAAGUUGGUAAAUAUGGAGAAGGGUGGUGGGAAACUCGGUGGCGGAGUUGUGAGGUUUCUGAGAGGCUUGGAAUUGUGCAAGAACAUCUCAGCUGCUGAGAGAACAGUGAUUAAGCAGCAGAUUGUUAGAAAGGUGAGGGAAGCUGUGGUUGGUCAUAAGUUAGAAUCAAGUCUUGUCGCUUCAGUGGAAGACUUUGUUUCAGAAAGCUCUAGAGGUAGCAGCGGCUCUAAGCAAAGGAAGUAACUUCCAUCUUCAUUAAGAUGUAAAAUUUCAACUGAAGCUUUGGAAUGCAAGGAAUACGAUUUGACAUGCAUUGAACACAAGGUAUGCACGACAUAUCCAAUUAAAAAUAAAUAAAUUUAAAAAUAUUGGUGUAUUAUGAUUUAUGAGUUAAGUUAAAUAAUAAUAAUGAAAAUUAUGUGUUGACCUAAACAUUAAAAAAAAACGCUCAAAUCUUAAGUACCAGUCUGCUGUCGUGCUCCACAUGAACUCUGCAUGUCGACACCCAUUCCGCUCCGUCUUCUCUGUAUGAUCUCCGCUCCGCUCGUGUUGAUAAAAUGAGAAGACGAACGAGGCUUUGUUCUUCUUUUUCCCGCACUCCAGAGCCGCUUGAUCCAACUCCUUCCAUUACCUCUGAUCACACACAGCGUCCGGUUCCCUCUGCUGCCUCUGAACUCCAACACCCUAUUUGGCCUCCUCUGCUCGAUCGAACGAGCAAUUUGACCUCAUGCACGUUGCUUCAAUCCAAUUCUGUCAGUUCGAACUUCAUGAACCCAGUCGAAGCCAAACUCACGACCCAGCCCUCGAUUCUAGCUAUUGUGACGAUCCCACAGCUUUUCUCCCUCCAGUCGAGCUCUGCCCGAUCCCUGUACGUUUACUCCACUCUAAACCAACACCUCUUCUUCCAACCAAUUGAAUCUAAUGACCUCCUAUUGAUCGGACCCCAACCUCACACGAUCCAGCUCCCCUGCUUCAGUUGAAUCCCUGCAUCUAUUCGAACGAAAUCCCGUGCAGUCAAGAUCUAUUUCGAUCCCGUCACUAUGCUUGAUUCCCGCCGACUUCCUCAUGCAGCUCACAACACCAUCUGAAUCCCCUAACCUCAUUUUUUUAUUUGUAAUAAUAAUAAUUAUAAAAAAAGGAAAAAAAAAAGAA